AUGCCCUCCCCUCCAGUUAUGUCUGUGGCUGCUCCUGUGUGCCCAUCCAGGAAAACACACCCGCCCGUCUGCAGUCCAUCAUACAACGUGACGGAUCCUCGCAGAUUCCACUGCCUGUCAAUGGGAGGAGCAGAGAGUGGCCAGAUCCAGAAUGGGAAAAGGAUGAGGACAGCAUUCACCAGCACCCAACUCUUGGAGCUAGAGAGGGAAUUCUCCUCCAACAUGUACCUGUCCAGGCUCCGGAGGAUUGAGAUUGCCACCUACUUGAACCUGUCCGAGAAGCAGGUGAAGAUCUGGUUCCAGAACAGGAGGGUGAAGCACAAGAAAGAGAACAAGGGGGCUCAGAGGAGCAGCCAUGGGGGCUGUAAAUGUGCCAGCGGCCAGACUCAUUACCCUGGCUCAGAAGAUGAAGCUUCCCUAUCCCCAGCAUCCACCACUGAGGACAAGGACAUCUCACCUUUAUAG